AUGAGAACCGACCCUAACCUCAAAUGGUUGACCAUUGCGACGGUCGCCAUACAAUUGGUCUCGUUUUACAUGUUAAGAGAUGUGACCUCUUUCUGGCAAUUGUUUCUUAUGGCCUAUUGUUUCGGUGGAGUCCUUAAUGUAUCGCUGCUGAUGGCCAUCCAUGAGAUCAUGCAUAACCACGCGUUUGGACCCUCGAGACCAAUGGCCAAUAAAGUGUUGGCACUGAUCAUCAAUUUGCCGAUUGGUGUCCCUAUAGUUGGCUCAAUUAAGAAGUACCACUCACUUCACCACCGAUAUCAAGGCGAUGACAUACUCGACAUCGAGAUGCCCUCCUAUUUAGAAACCAAGUUCUUCAACACACCUGUGACUAAGCUUUUGUGGAUGAUUUUUCAGCCGGCCUUUAUCCACCUCCGCCCCAUCCUAUCGCAACCAAAUUAUGUCUUAAAUCCCAGUUCUCUGGAGUACUUCAAUCUAUUCAUACAAUUAAUGUUCAACUAUAUGGUGGGCGUGUGGUGUGGAUGGCAUGUCAUGAUCUAUAUGAUAGGAUCGUCACUAUUAGGUACGGGUUUGCAUCCCAUGAGCGGACAUAUAAUCUCCGAGCACACCGUUAUGUUCAACGAGAGGUUCGAUUUGUUUGGAAAUAUCAAUAAAAACGAGUUUCAAAGGGAUGAAUAUCUCAUACCCGAAACCUACUCCUAUUACGGACCACUGAAUGCGCUCAUGUAUAAUGAGGGCUAUCAUGUGGAGCACCACGACUUCCCAUCGAUUCCCGGCUCACUUUUGCCUAGAGUUCGUGAAAUAGCGCCGGAGUUUUACAAUUCGUUGCCUUCCUAUAAGUCAUGGGUUUACGUCAUCUGGAAGUAUAUCACUGACGACAGAGUUGGGCCCUAUUCUCGAGUUAAACGACCGCAUCGUUUCGGAAAACACGACCAAAAGACUGUGGAUUUUAUUAAUCAAAUCAAAUCUGAAUUUAAAUAA